UCAUGUUCAGUUGCUUUACUGCUUCGAAAGCAAGCACUCUAACUAAAGCAUAUUUUGUUUUCUGUCAAGCAAAUGAUACUUUAUUUUCUUACUUAUAGCUCAACAAUAAUUUCGAACAUUGCAAAUAAUGAAGUUCUAGUUCUUUUCAAAUUGAUGACAUAAAUAUAAACUUCAAAAUCAUGUGGAUUUUGCAUUGACAAUAACAUAUCUCAUCUGAUGUCAUAAUGAAAAACCAUUGUAGCUUUUUGAUGUCAACCGCAAUAUUGAUGGGAUAUCAUAUCAUAUUACAACAAAAACUUAAAAUUUUCAAUGGCAAUGCACAAGUUGCUUUAGGUCGCAGAAUCGGAUUCUACAGGUUUUGUGGAGACAUUGGUCGAGGGAAUUUCUCACGUGUUAAGCUUGCGAUACAUCAGUUAACCAAAGAUAAAGUUGCAAUCAAAGUAGUUGAUACUAGUCGUUUAGAUGCCAAAGCACUUCGUAUGCUUUCAAAAGAAGUUAGCACACUUGAAGCAGCAUUCCAUCCAUUUAUUUUGAGGUUAUUUGAGGUGAUAGACACCAUAGGAAAAAUUUACCUAGUAAGUGAAUGGAUACCCGGCGGAGAACUCUACAGUAGAAUCGUAGAUAUUGGUGUACUAGAGGAAUAUCACGCUGCUGUUAUAUUUUAUCAGCUUCUCAUAGCUGUUAAAUACUUGCACAGUUUAGGAUACGUUCAUCGAGACAUAAAAGCAGAGAAUAUUUUAAUGAUAAACGAAGAGAGAAUAAAGCUCGCAGAUUUUGGUUUUAGCACUCAAUUAAUCAACGGUUCAAACCAACAUUUGGAUACAUUUUGUGGAUCACCCCCAUAUGCCGCACCUGAAUUAUUCAGCGAUGAUCACUAUGUAGGAGGACCUGUAAGUAAGACAAAUAUAAGAAACAAAAUCACAAAGGAUUUAUCUAGGAAAUGCAAUUAG